CCGGUUUACAGUUUCGGCGUUGCCUCUAGCCCUACGUUUUCCAAGCCAUCUCUGUUCUGAUCGUCGAGGCUGGUGAAGAUGUACAUCCCAGACACAUCCCGCAAGUACACUCCUGAGGAAAAACAACAGCUACUCCAGAAUCUCGACAUUGAAGUCGAACACCGUGUUCGUCAGCUUGAGGAAUGGCUCGCAGACGCGCUCACAAAUUUUCGGCUUCACCAAGAAGGGCUCAUCUCCCGAAUUCCCAAACUCGUGCGCGGCGUGACCAUGAGCGAGUUUGCUGAUACCUAUAAUGGCGAUAUUCAAGCGUGUCUUCGUGGUCUCGUGGGCGGUGCUCCGCCAAACCUUGAGAUCGACCGUGAGACUCGCAAGCGCAAGUGGGAGGAGGCCAGUGAGGGCGAGCGCGCCGUUAAGAAUGCGAGGAUGAUGCAUGCCACUCCCAAGAAGAAGCUUCCACCUGCUAACACGGGAACUGCACAACGCGUUCGCACAUUCUCUGCCGCAGUCCCGCGUACUCCUGGACAACUCCGCACGACCUUCCGCUUCCCCUCCGUCAGUCCGCAGAAACCGUCUUCCCUCAGAACUCCCUCUAAAUUACCUCUCCCCUCCCCCUCCAAAGCUCCACCUUCGCCUGGCAAACCUAUGCCCUCACAUGCCAAGCAACCAUCUCAGGCAAAACGCCCGCCCACCAGGGCAACCUUCGCCCCAACCUUGCCUGUUAAGACGCCCGCUUAUCCUACGCUCCGUGCACCCCGGCGCGAUGAGAGCAUGCUUAGCCUAAAUGGUUCUCCGCUAGCUAACCCUUAUAAGCUCGGUUUGGAGUGGUUUGCUACUGAAGAGGAAGACGGUAUCGAUGCCAUGGACGUGAAAACCAAAGGCAAAGGAAAGGAGACACGAGUAGAUACGCAAGGCGAAGGCAAGACUCUAAGACGCGUAAACAGUAUAGUUAUCCGGCGUGAUCCAUCCGUCUCGCUCGUCCCUUCUUCCUCCAGCCAGACCACCUCCCAAACUCACUCACGGGCCAACUCUCAAACUCAAAACCAUUACCGCACACACUCACGUACCAAUUCACGCACGGCAGCUCUCGUCCAGGAGCCGACGCCCAAAAUCGCUACACCUUCCCUCCUGCCUUCCAGCUCGCUCUCGUCCCUCCCUUCUUCAUCCUCUGCCCGCGCGGUCGUCGCGAUCUCAACCUCCGAUGGACACGUCCUCGAGUUCGACCCACUACAAACAUCACCCAGCGCACUCGAUGCACUCGUAGGUAUCACCAACAGCGCGAAGAAGCAAGCACGUGAGGAGAUGGGGCGCUUGGUGCAGGCUGCGGUGAGUAAGUGGAGUAUCGCGUAGCAGGCGCCGUGCGGGCCCGCGUCAGGCGUGCCACAAUUCGCGACGCCAUAUAGUACCUUGUAAUAGAUUUCGAUUCGACAUUCAUCUCGCUAACGCACCUGCUGAAUUCUCGUGUUCUAGUUAUUUAUUCCGCAUACGAGCCUCGAUGUAAAGAUGUAGCGCUAGCAUAUAAAAUUAUGGACACCGUUCGCAUCGAGGCAAAAAUCGUCAUUGCUAUUUAUUUUUGAAGGCUUGAAGGCUAGGG